CCAACGCUACAUGUUGGAAGAUUAGUUAGAUGUUGAGAUACGUGUUCUAGGUUGUUUAAGAUUUAGAUUCGAAAAAGGAAAUUGGUUAUAACAUUGUUAUAGUGUUUUUCGUUUGAAAAUUAUGGUAUGGACAUUAAGUUAUGCCAUUUAAUGAUUUAUGGUUCGAAGUAAAUCUAACGUAACUUGUAAGCCUGCAGUGAAGCGCAGAAAGGCUUAAAAAGCAGUCGCGGUUUUCUUACUGUCACGUUAUCUGAUUCUAAUAACUAGUGUUAGUACUACUACUACUAGGCCUACUUUUAUUAAUACUAGUUAGUAGUACUAGCACAAAACUACUACUAUCGCAGUAUCGGUAAUUAUUCAACAUAGGCUUAGUUGUUUGGCCUAAUUGUUUUAAGCGUUAAGUUAACUUUUAACUACUUGAUUUUAAGGCCAAAUCGUAAACGUCAGAUUCGCUCUGUCAAUUUUUGGAGUUUUAUUCAUGAAAUUUGAAGGAUUAAAACAGAUUGUGUAUUUCUAACAAGAGCUUGAGCUACAAUAAACAUGAAUCAUACAACCAAUCAACAGUCCUCGUCGGGGAAUGACAACAAAAGAGAAAAUCAGCCAAAAAUGUCAGGAAAACUUAUUCAGUAUCCAUCAAGGUUUUCCGCAUAUCUUCUCUCUCUUCGUCCUUGGUCUUUUAGUACAUCUUUAGCUCCUGUGGGACUUGGUGCUGCUCUUGCCUACAAAAGUACUGGACACUUUGACUUGAGCAUAUUUCUUGUGACCUGCUUAUCAGCUCUCUCGGUGCACGCGGCUGGAAACGUAGUAAAUACUUACUUUGAUUUUCUGAAAGGUAUUGACAGCAAGCGUAGUGAUGACAGGAUUCUCGUUGACAAGAUUUUAACUCCUGAUGACCUUGCCCACUUAGGAGUUCUCCUCUACGUAUUAGGAUGUAUGGGAUUUAUUGGAUUAGUACUUCUCUCUCCAGCAUCGAUGGAGCAUCUUGCAUUAGUGUAUUUUGGGGGACUGUCCAGCUCUUUUCUCUAUACAGGUGGUAUUGGGCUGAAAUACAUUGCCCUUGGUGACGUUUUAGUGUUGGUUAUAUUUGGCCCUGUUACAGUACUUUUCUCGUAUAUGACUCAGACUGGAACCUGGGACUUGAACACGUUGUUUUAUGCCAUGCCAUUAGCCCUAAACACGGAAGCCAUUCUUCACAGUAACAAUACCCGUGAUGUGGAAAGCGACAGCAGAGCAGGCGCUGUUACAGUAGCCAUUCUCAUAGGCUACACCUGUUCUCAUAUUUUGUUUGCAUUUUUGUUGUUUGUGCCUUACAUAGCGUUUACUGUCCUAGGUCUUCAUUUCACCAAAUGGUUCUUACUUCCCCUGAUCACUCUUCCCGCUGCUUUUGACUUAGAAAAACAGUUCCGUAACGGACGGCUGCAGACUUUACCAAAACAGAUGAAAAAGCUCAAUGUCUACUUUGGUCUGUUCUACCUGAUAAGCUGUAUUAUGGCAGAACCAUAUAAUUUACCAUGGUUAAACAUCAAAUAAAACACAUAGGAGAUUAUAAGUACACAUUGCUUGCAGCAGCUUACAUUAAUCAGCGUACGUCACUUAACUGCAUUGUACUUGUAGCUGUUUUUGAGAGUUGUCCUUUAAAAGCUUAAUAGUUUUGAUCUGACAUGUCGGUAUUCGAUACUUAGCUAAGCUGUAAAAUGUAUUCUAUUGUAGUUUUUUUGUCGUUUUAUGUGAACUGGAAGAAUACAAUAAAAAUCUGAUUCUUUUUAAAAGACUGUUUAAAGGACGUUUGAACCACUUUGGUCACUAAAUUUUCUGAUGAUGUGACGUCAAAGACUUUUUAAUUUGUGUGUGUUUUCCUGUGAGUGAAGUGUGAAGGAAAGACUAGAUUAGUUUGUUGCGUCUUUUCGGACAGAAAGGGAAAAAACUUUUACGUUGUCUUUUAUUAUUCAUUUUGUCGUCAAUUUAUUAUGUCACUGUUUAUCCCUUAAAUUACUGAUGGGAACAAAUUAACCCCCAUUGGCUUUUUAAAUACAUUUUUCUAAACUAUUUAUGUGCUUAAUUACUUUUCGGUCCCUAGAGCUUUGAUUACAAGGUCACUAGUAAUAUACUGAUUUUACAAUGAAAAUAAGAAUUAAUUCCAGUAAUUACUUCUGGGGGUUCCCUAGUAUUUUACGUAAGUGAUUUCAUCAGUUUAUUUUUAGUUCUGUACAUUGGGUGUUGUAAGAAACGAGAAAUACAUAAUGUGCUGUAUGGAUGCUAUUGAUGGUGAACAGUAUGAAAAACGAGUUGGAAAAUUGGGAGUUUAGCAACUAAAAAAAAAUGAUUUCUAAUACAUUACAUUCACUCCACUUAACUUUCUUUAAUUACUAUUCUUAAAUAUACAAUUUAUAUAGAAAAUCAACCGAACACAUGAUAUUUUUUUCUAGCAGCAUUGGACAGAUGCGUAUUACUCUGGAGAUUAUAUCUUCUUUCUCAAGUGUUAACAUUUUUUUUGUCGCUUUCUUACUGUAAUAUAUGAUUCAAAAACAGUGACCCCCCCCCAACCUGGUGCGUGAAGAAGAAUAUUAGUUGGGGAAUUUUGUAAGCCUUUAUCUAUACGUACUUAAUGCAAAUGAACCUAUAAAGUUUAGUUUCUGUUAAUUAAUGGAAUGGCAGAAAAUUCUCCCUUGUAUACCAUUACUGUGCUUGAUUUUUCACCCGUGUACAUCAGUUGUUUUCAGCAUUUUUGUCUUCUUGAUUGUUUUUUAAAUACAACGGGUUUGAACUUUUAUGUAUUAUGUUAUUGAUGUUAUGUGUUGUUUUACUGAUGGAAAGUAAUAUAAACCCUCAUAAUAAUAAUAAUAAUAAUAAUUUAUGUAAAUAAAUUAAUCACAUAAAUAUAAAUAUUAUUUGGACAAUGAACUUGUGUUUUGAAAACUUUGUUUUACUAAACGUAAUUGAAGGUGUGGAUAUACUGUUUGUUACUGAGUGUUAUUUAUAUAUGCAUUAUUACUGAAAGAGCGUAAAACAUUGUUUAUGUAAGGCAACAGUGUUGUUGUUUCAUGUACUCAUUAAGGAUCAGCAUAACCUUGUACAGUUUGCACCAGAUUUUUUUUGGUAAAAAGUUUUGCAAGCAUUUUUGAUGAUAGUUACGUAAGCCACUUGUCAUUAUUUGUUCAAAAAUUGAGUCUGAAUUUUGACAUUGAUUGGAGAUACUAAAAGAUGCUUGCUUAUUUGUAGCAGGUGAAUUUUUUUUUGUCUGUACCUGUAGAAAUAUUACAGCGUGUACACAGCUACUUAUAUCACAACUGAUAAUUGUUCGUAACAAUGUGAAUUAACAUUUCUCUGUUUAACACCUAGCAGUUCUUAUGCUUUUUUCCCUAAAAAUGGACAAUUUCCAUAAAAACUUUUUUUUUUCAAUGUAACUCUGUUUGACACUUAGGAUGCUCGACUCUCAAUCUGUGGGUUUGAAUCCCAGUCACCGAACACCCCCUUUCAGCUGUUGAGAGCAUUAUAAUGUGAGAGUUAAUCCUGCUAUUUAUUGGUAAAAGAGUAGCCCAAGUGUUAGCAGUGGGUGGUGUUGACUAGCUGCCUUUCCUCUAGUCUAUCACUGCUAAACUAGGAACAGCUAGUGCAAAUGGCUCUUUGAUAAAAAGUUCUGCAAGCAUUUUUUGAUGAUAGUUGUUAGUUACGGAAGCCACUUGUCAUUAAUUGUUCAAAAUUUGAAUUUUGACAUUGACUGAAGAUACUAAAAGAUGCUUAUAUUUAUAGCAGGUGAAUUUUUUUUUCUUUACCUGUAGAAAAAAUGGCUCUCGUGUGAAAUUCAAAACAAACAAAUUGGUCAUUCUCAAACUCUGUGUUCUCAGACUAUCUGAAUUUAUUAUUUUAUCGUGAGACCUUACCACAGACCACCAGAAGAAAGCCUGUGACCACAGAUUGAGAGCCACCAAUCUUAACCCAGUUACUUGUGUAAUUGUUUUACAGUUUACCCAUUCAUUAAUUAAUUUAUAAUUUUCUAUUAAUGUUUCUUGUUAAUUUAUUUUUAUAAUAUAACUUCUUACCAAUAUUUUCCCUUUGAGUGAAUGUAAGUACAUGUUAAUACACAAGUAAAAGCCUUUGUAAACCCUCGAGGAGGAGAAGAAGCUAGUUUUGGUUUCAGGUUUAACCUUUCUUUUGCUGGUGGUUAUUGUAGAACAAAAAAUCGUUUAAAGAAUUACAUAGUUGUGAAAAGGUUAAAAAUGUUAGCUCAUAAAGUAAUAGUUUAAUUGCUCUAAAGAGUGUAACAGAUGUGCCAAGAUACCAUUUUUUAACCAAAUUGCUGAUAAAACCUACAAGUUAUUGAAUUCACUGCCUAAUAAAUGCAAGAGAAGAUGGAGGAUACAUACAUUUACAUGAUUGUAGAAUUGUGAAAUACACUGUAUCUAAUAAACUUAUUUGUGAGAUCUGUCUCUCAUGAUACAAA